AGUUUAAACUCCUCUCUAUUUUUCUCUCAGCUUCUGGUUUUGGCUUGAACAAACGCAGCGUUGUUGUCGUUUCGUUUCGUUCUUCUUAUUUAGAAGAGCUCAGGGGGAUUUCUUCUGCGUUUUGGACCUUCGUCUUGUCGUUUUCCGGAUCGGAGUUUUCUCGCCAUGGGCGAAAACGAAGCUGCGGAGGAUGCGAAGGUGGUGGUUGAGGAGGAAGAGUGCGCUGAGAAAAUGGUGUACAUGUGGGGAUACCUUCCUGGAGCCUCGCUGGAAAAAUCUCCGAUACUGUCUCCGGUGCCGGUUCCUCUCUCCGAUCCUUCACUUGCAGGAGAUUCGUGGAAGGACGUGUGCGGUGGUGGUUGCGGAUUCGCCACAGCCAUUUCAGAGAAAGGGAAGCUCAUAACGUGGGGUUCUUCGGAUGAUGAAAGCCAGAGCUACUUGACUUCGGGGAAGCAUGGGGAGAUUCCAGGGCCUUUUCAGCUUCCCACUGAGGCUUCAGUGGUGAAGGCUGCUGCUGGUUGGGCUCACUGUGCUACAGUCACUGACGUAGGUGAAGUGUAUGCCUGGGGCUGGAAAGAAUGUGUGCCUUCUGGGAAAGUCAUUACUGAUUUCAUCACUAUGGGAAGCCUCCAAAAAGAUACCACUGGGAAACAAAGUUCAUCAAUAGCCGAGCAAGGAAGCCCUCAAAGCUCCAAUACAAGCAGUGGAUCAGAUUCUCAUCUUGACAAGAAAUCAGGAGAUGAAGUUGUAAAGCGAAGGAAGAUCUCCUUCACUAGACAGGACUCUGAUAGUCAAGCAUCUGGAGAUGAAUUCUUUACCGUCUCUCCUUCUCUUGUGACCCUUGGUAAUGAAGUGAAAAUUACUUCUGUAGCAGUCGGUGGGCGGCAUACCUUGGCACUGUCAGAUGUGGGACAGGUCUGGGGUUGGGGCUAUGGAGGCGAAGGACAGCUAGGAUUGGGUUCUCGAGUAAAGAUGGUUUCAUCCCCUCAUCUUGUACCUUGUAUCGAGUCUGCAUCUGGGAAGGAUAAAUCAUCGGCUUUUCAUCAAGGAAGUGGUGCGGGAGCUCAAGGGUCAAAUAUUCUUGGAAGCUAUGUGAUGGAGAUUGCUUGUGGUGGCCGGCAUAGUGUUGUGAUAACAAAUACUGGGGCCCUUCUUACUUUCGGCUGGGGUCUGUAUGGCCAGUGUGGACAAGGGAAUAAUGCUGAUCAGCUGAGACCAACUCAAGUUUCUUCCUUUUUGGGAACCAGAGUCAAAAAGAUUGCUGCUGGGCUUUGGCAUACAUUGUGUGUUACUAUAAAUGGUCAAAUUUAUGCAUUUGGUGGGAAUCAGUUUGGACAGUUGGGUACCGGUAGUGACCAGCCUGAGGAUACCAAGAUAUGACACAGAUAUUAAAUAUGCUACAUAUCUGAUGUAUCUAUAAAAGUAUUCACAAAGAAUACAGAAUAUGACACAAUGCAGACGAUAGCCUUGAAAAAUAAUAGCUGCAAUACGAAAUCCAAACUGUCUAGUACGUUAUGUGGAGAUACGAGAGCCUUGCUGUUGCUCAUGGCAUGCUUCUCAUGAAUGGAAGACUGGACUAGUUCAUGUAUCUAUCCUUCAAAUCAUGGUGUGCUUGUGUAUUUGACCAGCAACCAGAGUGCUUGUGUGUCUAGGCGCCCCACAAGUUGUGCUGUUUACUGGAGAAUUUGACGCGAUGAUCAUUCUUACAGCUGUUAUUUUGAUCUGUUGUGGUGGAGCUUCAUGCCAUGCAGUUAGAUGUAAGAAGAAGUCCGAGAGAGCGUGCAGCGACAUAUGGAACACCCAAUCAGCAGUGUCAAGGGUCCGAGGGAAAUGCUCGUAUUCAUGCUUCAUAGACGAUAUAGCAUGUUAAUUUACUAAUGUGAAAUAAAAUAAUUUCAAAUUGACAGCGGAAGUUGUGAUUCAGCCAUCACGCUUGCAUAUAUGUAUUUGGACCAAAUAGUCAACAAGUUUGAAAUUAUUUCCCUAUA